UUAAAAACAAAAAAGCAUCAUUUGAUUUUUGAUUGUUUCAGAAUUUAGACAAACAACGCAACGAAAACAACAAUGAAUUCAAUUUCAACGUAUCUUGUUUCAAUUAUUUUGUUAUUCAAUUUGGUGAUUUAUGAAACUAUUGAAUCAUCAUAUACACCAGUGGUUAUGUAUCAUGGAAUGGGCGAUACAGCAUAUGGUAGUAUUUCAUCGGUAAAAACAUUUUUGGAAAAUAAACUUACAGGAAUUUAUGUUACAUCAAUUCAAAUGGGUUCGAAUGCUGAAGAAGAUUUUUUCAGUAGCUAUCUGAUGAAUCUAAAUAAACAAGUUGAAACUGCUUGUUCAAUAAUUAAAGCUGAUUCGAAUCUGAAAAAUGGUUAUAAUGCAAUCGGUUUUUCACAAGGUGGACAAAUACUACGUGCAAUUGCACAACGUUGCCCAGAACCACCGAUGAAAAAUCUUAUAUCAUUAGGUGGACAACAUCAAGGUGUUUAUGGUCUACCUAAAUGUUUGGGAACGGUGAAAAUUUGUAAUUACGUACGUGAAAUGCUUAAUUUUGGUGCAUAUGUUAGUUAUAUUCAAGAUAAUUUGGUUCAAGCUGAAUAUUGGCAUGAUCCACUGCAAGAACAACUAUAUCGAAAUCGUAGUAUUUUCCUAGCUGAUAUUAAUAAUGAAAAACAACCCAGAAAUGAAAGUUAUAAAACAAAUUUAAUUAAAUUAAAAAAUCUUGUUCUUGUUCAAUUUCUUAACGAUACUAUUGUACAACCAAAAGAAAGUUCAUGGUUUCAAUUUUAUCAACCAGGACAAGCAAAAAUUGUUUAUAAACUUAAAGAUUCACCACUGUAUAAAGAAGAUUGGAUCGGCCUGAAACAACUUGAUCAAACAAAACGAUUAAAAUUGUUAGGUACGAUUGGUGAUCAUCUUCAAUUUCAUGUUCAUGGAAAAUGGUUUAAUGAUGAAAUUGUUGAACCAUAUUUAUCAACAUAAAUGAUUAUUAUUUACAUUUCCAUUAAAAAUCCCUUAUUUCUAAUAUACAAGAUUUACAAAAUAAAAAAUAACUAAUUUUUCUAAAUAAAAA